CACCCCACGCAGCGCACUUCAUCACCGGCGCACUUGGUCUGCGACAUUCAAACUAGGGUUGGGGCCAGUUGCGUUUCUGAGCUCUUCAACGAUUUGAUAAUGUUGACAACUUGGUAACAAAGUAAAAUGCUCUACGAGUGCUCCUGCGGUUUCUCCGCGAGCACAGCGACAUCCUUCUAUAAGCAUCUUGCCGCGUCGAAAGAGUCGGCCUCAGGUCACCAGCUUGUCCAGGCGCGCUUCACGGACUCUAAAAUUGGCAAAGCCGCUGGCAAGAAGCAGGAGGAUGGCGCUACAGAGGCCGCGCCUUCGGCACCCCCGUCGUGGGUUGAUGAGUACCUCGUGGUCGACCAGCGCGAGGCUACCGUGAGCAGCAGCGCAAACAGCAGCCUCAUGGCAACCGCUGCGGCCGCCGCUGCCUCGCGCGGAGCCGGAAUCCCGCCGCAAGCACCCCGCUCAAACCGCGUGGCUCCGCUCCCCGUGAGCUCUAGCGCCGGCUCUAUGACAUCUCAGCAGCCACAGCAAAGUCAGUCGCAACAGCAGCCGACUGCUUCGUUAAACGCUGGCGGCGCGGGUGUAGGGGGCGUCGACCACUCCAAACCGGGUAGCACCAAUGCGCUCGGGGGCGCUGCCGCUCGCGGAGAUGCUGGUGGCCUUCUGGACGUCGACGAGGUGGAGUUGGUGGAACGCACCAGCAGCUACGGCGGCUACGGAGGAGGGGGCGGCAGCGGCGGCAGCCGUGUGUCGGGCAGCGGCACCGCGGCGGCGGCGCUGCGAAUGUCAGGCACCGUGAUGAACGCUGUGGCGGUGGGGCUCAGCCCCUGGCGCUGGUUCAGCACGGGCGCGGGCGGCGGCGUAGUGGCGGGCAGCGCGGGCGGCGGCGGCGGGCUGGCAGAGGCGACUGCUGCGACUGCUGGCGCAAACGAGUUUGGGACCGCUGGAAGCUUCAGCCAGGGUGGGCUCAUGGCGACGGCAAGCGGCCGCGUGGGCAGCAUGGCGCGUGCCGGCGGCAGCGGCGGCGGCGGCGGCGUGGCCGAGCCGCCCAUGUCGGUGGCGGCCUCCCAGGAGGCCGUGCUGGCGGUGCAGGCGGUGCUGAUGUGGCACAACCCCUGGCGCACCGGUCGCAUCUUCGGCGCGGGGCUGUACCUUUUCGUGUGCUUGCGCCAGCUGGCCAAGGGCCACGACCUACUUCAGCCCUCCACGGCGCUACUGGUCGGCUGCUUCCUGCUGCUGCUGCGCAACCUGCUGCGACAGGCCGUGGCCAUGCGCCGAGCGCAGCAGCAGGAGGGCAGCGGCGGCGGCGCCGCCACUGAAGACGGGGCGGAGGCUGAAGCAGAGCACGCGCAGGCCGCUGUGGAGAUGCAGCAGCGUGUGGAGCUGGUGCUGCGGCGGGCGGCGCUGGGCGGCGCGCGCUACGGCGCGGCGCUGUUUGUGCUGGGCGCGGGUCUGCUGAGCGGGCGGCGCGGCACCACCUCGGCGCUGGUGGCGGCGCUGCUGUGGCUGGGCUGCGUGGUGGGCGAGCUGAGGGUCAUGUCGCAGCCCACGUUCUGGCUGCUGUGCUACCUGGGCUGCUUCACCAUCCCCGCCGCCUACGGCCGCUGCCGCGCCGCCAUGGACGAGGGCACCGAGGCCGCGCUCCGCUUCGUGGCGCGGCUGCUGGUCACCGGCAGCAGGGCCUCGCUGGCCCUGGCGGGCGGCGUGGGCGUGGUGCUGCUGGCAGCGCUGCCGCUCAACCUGGUGCUGCGGGCGACGCUUGCGGCGGUCGCGGCGUUUGGGGUGCUGCUGUGGCAGAGCGAGGCGCUGCAGCAGGCGAAGGCGGGGAUGUAUGGGGGCGGGGCAGGAGGGGCGGGCGGGGUGGGAGGCGCGGGGAGGGCGUACCUGGUGCAGGAGGAGGCGAAGGGGCAGGGUGGCGGGGGCGGAGGGAGCGGCGGAGGCGCGGGGCUGCGCGUGCCGCUGUCGCACAUGCACCGAGAGUGAGCGUUACAGGUGUUUGUGAGGGGGAAGCGGGAGGUGGGGUGGUGGUGCGCACACGGGCGCCAUGAGGAUGGAUCGGUAGAGCCGAAUGCUUUUCGCAGGACGGAAAUGCAGAAUGCCACGUGCCCGGGCGUAGGCAUGCGUCGUGCAUCAUGCUCCGCGUUGGGGCAGGAAUAGAUUUGUGGUAGACCGCAUAGUCGCUUUCUUGCUUACGCGUAGCGCUGGACUUGGAUGGUUGUGGUUGUUCCCGGCUGCACACGGUAUGCACCAGGGUGUGCGCAGGCGUGUGUGCAGCGAGCCGUGGCCAGAGAUGGGGUAGGAGAUGGAACGGGAACACCAAUCUCUGGUCCUCUUUGCGCUUGCCCAGGACUGUAAAUCCGCGUGUGU